UAUGUGGAGCUGCAGGAACUGGUGAUGGACAGGAAGAACCAGGAGCUUCAAUGGAUGGAGACAGCACGCUGGGUGCGUCUGGAGGAGAACCUGGGGGAGGAUGGGGCCUGGGGCCGCCCGCACCUGUCUUACCUCAACUUCUGGAGCCUCCUGGAGCUGCAGAGAGCCUUUGCCAAUGGUACUGUCCUCCUGGACCUGCGAGAGACCUCCCUGGCCGGGGUGGCCAACCAGUUGCUGGACAGGUUUAUCUAUGAGGAGCAGAUCCAGCCUAAUGACCGAGACCAGCUGUUCCGGAUCCUGCUGCUCAAACACAGCCAUGCCCGAGACCUAGAAGCCCUAGAGGGUGUGAAGCCCACGGUCGUGACACAUUCUGGGGAUGCUUCACAGCCUCUGCUCCUCGAACACCCCUCUCUGGAGACACAGCUCUAUUGUGCACAGGGAGAGGGGGGCACAGAAGGGCACUCACCAUCAGGAAUUCUGGAAAAGAUUCCCCCAGAUUCGGAGGUCGCCUUGGUGCUAGUGGGCCGUGCCGCCUUCCUGAAGAAGCCGGUGCUGGGCUUUGUGCGCCUACAGGAGGCCGUGGAGCUGGAGGCCACUGUGGAGCCACCCGUGCCUGUGCGCUUCCUCCUUGUGUUGCUGGGACCCGAGGCCCCCCACACCGACUACACUCAGCUUGGUCGGGCUGCUGCCACCCUCAUGCUGGAGAGGGUGUUCCGCACUGAUGCAUACCUGGCGCAGAGGAAGGAGGAGCUGGUGCGCUCCCUGGAGGGCUUCCUGGACUGCAGCCUGGUGCUGCCUCCCUCAGACGCCCCCUCCGAGCAGGCCCUGCUCAGUCUGGUGCCCGUGCAGAAGGAGCUGCUGCGGAGACGCUACCUGACCAGCCCUGCUGAGCCGGACCCCAGAUUCUACAAGGGCCUAGAUUUGGAUGGGGAUUCAGGGGUCCCUAGUGGCCCGGAGGACCCUCUGCAGCGGACAGGCCGGCUUUUCGGGGGCCUGGUGCGUGACAUCCGGCGCCGCUACCCCCACUACUUGAGUGACAUCACAGAUGCAUUCAGCCUCCAAGUCCUGGCUGUCGUCAUCUUCAUCUACUUUGCCGCCCUGACACCUGCCAUCACCUUUGGUGGCCUCCUGGGAGAGAAGACCCAGGACCAGAUGGGGGUGUCGGAGCUGCUCCUGUCCACUGCAGUGCAGGGUGUCCUCUUCGCCCUGCUGGGAGCUCAGCCCCUGCUUGUGCUUGGCUUCUCAGGACCCCUACUUGUGUUUGAGGAAGCCUUCUUCUCGUUCUGUGAGAGUAAUGACAUGGAGUACAUCGUGGGCCGUGUGUGGAUCGGUUUCUGGCUCAUCCUGCUGGUGGUGCUCAUGGUGGCCUUUGAGGGCAGCUUCCUGGUCCGCUACAUCUCCCGCUACACCCAGGACAUCUUCGCCUUCCUCAUCUCCCUCAUCUUCAUCUUUGAGACCUUCAGCAAUCUGGUCAAGAUCUUCCAGAAACAUCCACUAAGGAAGAAUUAUACCCAGAAUGUGGUGAUAGACCCUGAACCUCAGGACCCCCUGCCUAACACAGCCCUCCUCUCCCUUGUACUCAUGGCCGGCACCUUCUUCCUCGCCAUGGUGUUGCGCAGGUUCAAGAACAGCUCCUACUUCCCUGGCAAGCUGCGGCGGCUCAUCGGGGACUUUGGAGUUCCCAUCUCUGCUCUGAUCAUGGUCAUGGUGGAUUUCCUCAUCCAGGAUACCUACACCCAGAAACUCAAUGUGCCUGAAGGCCUCACCGUGUCCAAGCCCACAUUCCGGGGCUGGCUCAUACACCCGCUGGGCUUGCAUUCCCCUUUCCCCAUCUGGAUGAUGUUUGCCUCCGUCCUGCCUGCCCUGCUGGUCUUCAUUCUCAUUUUCCUUGAAUCCCAGAUUACCACGCUGAUUAUCAGCAAACCAGAGCGCAAGACGGUCAAGGGCUCCGGCUUCCACCUGGACCUGCUGCUGAUCAUGGGCAUGGGCGGGUUGGCCCCACUCUUUGGGAUGCCAUGGCUCAGUGCUACCACAGUGCGUACUGUCACCCACGCCAAUGCCCUCACCUCUGUGGUCAAGGCCAGCACCCCAGGGGCUGCAGACCAGAUCCAGGUCAAGGAGCAGCGGAUCAGCGGCCUGCUGGUCGCUGCACUUGUGGGCCUGUCCAUCCUCAUGGUGCCUGUCCUGCGUCGCAUCCCCCUGGCUGUGCUGUUUGGCAUCUUCCUCUACAUGGGGGUCACAUCCCUCAGCGGCAUCCAGUUCUUUGACCGCAUCUUGCUUCUGUUCAAGCCGCCCAAGUACCACCCUGAUGUGCCCUACGUCAAGCGGGUAAAGACUUGGCGCAUGCACUUGUUCACGGCCACCCAGAUCAUCUGCAUGGUGGUGCUGUGGGUGGUGAAGAGCUUCCCGAGCGCCUCGCUGGCUCUGCCCUUCGUCCUCAUCCUCACAGUGCCCUUGCGCUACUUCCUGCUGCCACGCAUCUUCAAGAAGCUGGAGCUCCAGUGUCUGGAUGCUAACGAUGUCAAGCCGACCUUUGACGAGGACGAAGGUCAGGAUGAAUACGACGAGGUGCACAUGCCUGUGUAAGGGGAGGGCCUCAGAGCCUCCUCCACCGUUCCACUUCCCCACUCUCCCAGGAAAAGCAGAAGUUCACCGGGUGCCUCAUGCCCUCCAGGUCCCUACUGGGGCAGCACCUGAGGCCCUGGGGCUGUGGGCAGGGGAAGGAGGGGCUGUCUAGAACACUUUCCAUUCAGGGUAGACCAGCUUUUCUGGCUGGAAAUGGCCAGUGGAGCCCAUAUUAGGGGAUUUGCUGUGCAGUCUCUCCUGCUGCACGCUGCCAUAUAGGGAUACUGUGCUGAAAGACUCAGAUCUGAGCCCUCCCUCCUGUGGCACAGACAGGGGCAGUAGCAAGAGCAGGAGUUGGGGGAGGUGGUUCAAGCUCCUGCUUGCGGUGUGACCUUGGGCAAGGCCCUUGAC